AUGUCGGACUUCUUAAAUCCAAGAAAUAAAGAAAGAUAUUUUCCUUAUUUGAAAGAUAAAAAGGAAAAAUGCUUUUCUUGUCUGAAAGAUAAAAAGGGAUGUAAUUAUAAUGGAAUGCCUGGAGAGUUCUUAUGUGAAAGAUGUGUAAAUAAGAAAGAAUGUUGGUUCCUAUGUGAAGGAUGUCAAAAAAAUUUUAAUGAAAAAGGUCCACCUGAAAAGUAUAAUAUUGUUACAGAUUUGGACGAUCAAAAACUUUACCUUCAGGUUCAAAAGUCCAAGUGCUAUCAUAGAAUUGAGAUUACGUCUACUUUUCUGGAUGAAAUGGCAAGAUCAUACCUAACCUUCUCAAACACUCUUAAUAUUUCUGGUGUAUUUUUGGCAUCUACUCCUACUCUACCUGUCUCGAGCACAUUGUCACCUCAACUUUAUGCUCCAAAUGCUUUUGUAAUGUUAAGCUUAAAUACCGCGCAAAAUAAUAUUUUAUCAUAUUACGACCCAGUGCCACCCCAAUGUUGUGAUCUGACACUGUUUCAACAAAAUGAGUUCUCACACACUAUCGAUGGUUAUGAUUACCAAAGUGCUUGGUAUCAAUCCCAAGUAUCGAGCACUUGUUCUUCAUCUGCCAAUUAUAAUCCUAAUUUGCUUUAA